AUCUUCAAUGUAGAGUGUCUUUGGUUUAGAUUUCUCAUCCUAAAUUAAAUCAAGUUUUCUGUGUUUUUCAUUUCUGAUCACCAGUUAUGGCUUCUGCUUCAUUUCUUUCAACAAUCGGCAAAAGGCUAGAGGGGAAAGUUGCGAUUGUAACCGGAGGGGCUAGUGGCAUCGGUGAAGCAACUGCAAAGCUCUUCUCUGAACAUGGAGCCAAAGUGGUUAUUGCUGAUGUACAAGAUGAACUCGGCAACUCAGUUAGCAACGCCCUUGGAAGCCCAUCACACUCCAUUUACAUUCACUGCGAGGUGACAAACGAAGAUCAUGUCCAAAACGCCGUCGAUAGAACCAUCUCCACAUUCGGAAAACUCGACAUCAUAAUCUGCAAUGCUGGCAUAUCCGACGAGACCAAGCCAAGAAUCAUCGACAACAUGAAGGAAGAUUUCGAACGGGUGCUCAGUAUAAACGUGACGGGAGUUUUCUUGAGCAUGAAGCAUGCCGCUCGUGUCAUGGUCCCGACACGUAGCGGUUGCAUCAUCUCCACUGCCAGCGUAAGCUCCAGAGUCGGAGCUGCAGCAUCACAUGCAUACUGCAGCUCCAAACACGCCGUGUUGGGGCUUACGAAAAAUCUGGCAGUGGAGCUGGGACAAUUUGGUAUACGCGUGAAUUGCUUGUCACCCUACGCGAUGGUUACGCCGUUGGCGGUGAAGGUUGUGGGGCUUGAGAAUGAAGCGUUUGAGAAGGCGUUGAGUUCGGCUGGGAACCUUCAAGGAGUGACAUUAAAGGUGGACGAUGUUGCAAAAGCAGCACUGUUCUUGGCUAGUGAUGAUGCUAAAUAUAUCAGUGGGCACAAUUUAUUCAUUGAUGGUGGAUUCACUGUGUAUAAUCCAUCACUAGGCAUGUUCAAAUAUCCAGAAUCAUGAUAUAGAGGAUUUGAAGUUUUUUCUUGAAAUAAUGUUGCAUAGCAGCUGCUAAUUUAAUUAUUAUGGGAAUACAAACUUUUGAUUUUAGAACGGUUGA